UCGCUUUGCGGCCGAGCGGGGAAACCAGGAGGAGAAGCAGCGGAGUUUGAGGGGAAAGGUCCUCCUCUCAGUGUCGGGAUGUGGGCCCCGCUGCCUCCCUUGGGCCCGGCCCCCUCUGAGCGCGGCUGAGCCUGCUCCUGCUCGGCCUGCCUGAGGCGAGCGCACCAAGGAGGGCCGGGGAGGCCGCCCACCAGCAUGAGUGCGGGCCCCGAGUGGGAAAACCCCCGGAAAAGGCCCCGCUUGGACCCCUUCGUGGACUCCCCCGCAGACUCCGAGGAGGGACAGAGCCCUUCCGCCCAGGGAGGAGUCACCUCACAGCCUCCGCAGCCUCCUCUUCUUUCUCCUCUCGGCAGGGAGGAAGGGCUCAGCAGCAGCCGAGGCAACGCCACAGUCACGGUGGGGAACAAAGUUUACAAACAAAGGAGGAUUACCUCUUGGAUGGAAAAUAAAGGACCCAGAACGGCGGAGUCAAAAAGCUUGAAAAAUAAAACUAGUGGCACUGAAGCAGAUCUCAAAAUGACAUUUGUCAAGAAAGACAACGUUUUUGAACAUGAGGUGGAAAAAAAUGAGGAUGUUCUAGAGCAGAGCUGUUCUGGGUUGUCUGCAGAAAUGCCUCAGGCUGGUGCCUUGCAUAAAUGGGAAACCGAUGGCAUGCGUAGAGAUCAGCCCUCAGAAGCAGAGCACAUGAAAAUCACUCAAGCUGGAGACCAGUUGAGAAAUGCAAACAUAAAUCAGAUACACAAAACUGAUGGUCAGACGCAUCACGUUUGCAAUGAGGAGAAUUAUUCCACUAGGAAACUUUCACCUGGCAGUCCUGUGAAGAUAGGAGAUAUGAAACACCCUUCAAAAGGGAGCAAUACAGAAAAGCAAACGACUUCACAAAGUCCUCAGUCCCUUAAGAACUGCAACCCUGAGCAUGUAUCCUGUAUAAAUGCUGCACUAGAUGAGAUAGAUGUGAUUCCUGAGAGCCCGCUUUCAGAUGCAGGCUGUGAUGCAUGUUCAUCUGACUUGUAUGUUUCUCAAAACAGAAAUCAAGGAUUCUUGGGAAAGUCUCCAUCUUUUGAGAAGGAAAGUGAGCCUGACUCACCAAUGGAUGUAGAUAAUUCCAAAAACAGUUGUCAGGGCUCAGAGGCUGAUGAAGAAAGCAGCCCACUUCUUGAGGACCAAGACGAUAUUGAUGUGUCAAAAACACUUAGCAAAUCUUCACAGGUUCAGAGAUCAGGUGCUGACUUGGAUUCUAGGAAAUCAAACUUUUCUCCCCAAAGAGGCGAAGGUGUACUGUUUAGCCUCCACUUGGAAGAAACAGAUAAUCUGCUCAAACAAGAAGAAACACACACGGACUCAUCUGGGAUUGUGUCAACAGAAUGCAAAGGUGCCAAACAUUGUGGGAAAAAAGAUUCUAAAAUUACGGCCCAUUUCAUGAGGGUUCCAAGGACAGAAGAUAAAAGGAACGAACAGUGUGAGUUAAAGUCCAGUCGGCCGGGAAGGAAGAUCCCCAAGUACACUCUUCCUCAACUUCCAACUAAUAAAAAGUGGUUUGGGACACCCAUUGAAGAGAUGAGAAGAAUGCCAAUGUGUGGAACGCGGCUUCCUCAUUUGAGGCCCUCUGCCAAUCAUACAGUGACAAUCCGAGUAGAUCUUUUGAAGGAAGGAGAAGUGCCUAAACCUUUCCCAACACAUUAUAAAGAUUCAUGGGAUAAUAAACAUGUCAAAAUGCCUUGUUCAGAACAAAAUUUAUACCCUAUAGAAGAUGAGAAUGGUGAUAGGACUGCUGGGAGCCGAUGGGAAUUAAUCCAGACUUCUUUGCUUAAGAAGUUCACCAGUUCCCGUGAUUUGAAGGAGGCUAUUCUCAGAUACAACGUUGCAUAUGCCAAGAAAUGGGACUUCACAGCCCUCACUGACUUCUGUGAUAAGGUGCUUGAGGAUGCAGAAGCUCAGCAUCUGUUUCAGUCCAUUUUGCCUGAUAUGGUGAAGCUUGCACUCUGCCUGCCUAGCAUCUGCACUCAGCCAAUACCUCUACUGAAACAAAAAAUGAACCACUCCAUCACAAUGUCACAAGAACAGACUGCUAGUUUGCUAGCCAAUGCCUUCUUCUGCACUUUUCCCCGGCGAAAUGCCAAGAUGAAAUCAGAAUAUUCAAGCUAUCCAGAUAUUAACUUCAACAGGUUGUUUGAAGGACGUUCUCCUAGGAAGCCUGAGAAACUGAAAACCCUUUUCUGCUACUUCAGAAAAGUCACAGAAAAAAAACCCACUGGACUGGUGACAUUUACAAGACAGUGUCUACAGGAAUUUCCUGAGUGGGAAAGAUCUCAGAAAAAAAUGUCAAGGUUGCAUGUCACAUAUGAAGGUACUAUUGAAAACAACGGGCAUGGAAUGCUACAGGUUGAUUUUGCUAAUCGCUUUGUUGGAGGUGGUGUCACUGGUGCAGGACUGGUACAGGAAGAAAUUCGCUUCUUAAUCAACCCAGAACUGAUUGUAUCUCGUCUCAUUACUGAAGUCCUGGAUCACAAUGAGUGCCUAAUUAUCACAGGUGCAGAGCAAUAUAGUGAAUACACUGGCUAUGCAGAAACUUAUCGGUGGGCCAGAAGCCAUGAAGAUGAAACACCCAGGGAUGAGUGGCAGAGGCGAUGCACUGAAAUUGUGGCUAUAGAUGCAUUUCAUUUCAGACGUUUCCUUGAUCAGUUUGCUCCUGAGAAAAUUAGAAGAGAGCUCAACAAGGCUUAUUGUGGUUUCUCUCGACCUGGUGUCCCACCGCAUCACCUUUCGGCAAUAGCUACAGGAAACUGGGGAUGUGGUGCCUUUGGAGGUGAUGCAAGAUUGAAAGCCUUAAUACAAAUCUUGGCAGCUGCAGAGGCUGGGCGAGAUGUGGUUUACUUUACCUUUGGAGAUGCUGAACUGAUGAGAGACAUUUACAGCAUGCACACUUUCCUGAUUGAGAAAGAACAAACUAUUGGGGAUAUUUACAGGCUGCUGCUAAAAUAUUACAACGAGGAAUGCCGAUGUUGCUCUACUCCGAGACCAGAAGUCAAACUCUACCCUUUCAUAUAUAGCACAGUUGAAUCCUAUGCAGAUUCCACUGAUGAUGAUAGAGGACUACGUUUUGAUGACUAGAGCGGAAUUGUUUGGAGUGAAGAUCCUCCUCCUUCUCCAUGUAGAAUAUCCAUGGAAUUUCUGGAUGUAACAUACGAUGUAGCUUAAUUUAAUAUCUAUAUAUCUAUUUGUAUGUAUAUAAAAAUUGCAUUUGUUUUAUGCUACCUGAAGACCAAUCUUGAAAAGAAACAGGUUUUCUUUCCAUUGUAGAAUGUAAAUCCUAAUGGGUACACAAAGAACAAAAUAUUUGCUAAACAUAUCCCCCCCAAGGCUCUAGAUUCAGGGCUGAGUUUUUGGUCUAUGUUCUUUAUGGACUUAUUUAACAACGGCUGCUUUAUAGAUGCCAAAUUUUCUUUCCAUUAUUAUAGAAGUAAUCGUACGGAAGAAGGAAGACAAAAGAGCAAUUGAGAGUCAGAUGUCAUAUAUAAGCCAUUUCAGUUGGCCUCAUAGUAGUAUAAUUUAUGAGGCAGGGGAAAGGGAAAGCCUGUCAAUUGUCUGCGGUAUUGGGUAUAUAAUUCCCUCUUGCUUUGUGCCUCCUUAGACCCUUAAAGUGUUUAGGUUUGCAAAUAACACACCCUGCCUUGUAUAUAUAGACAACGAAGCCCUGUAAAUAGUGGGGAAGGGAAUACAGAACAUAUAUUCUUUUUGGAUGUGGCCACAAUAGAGUCUUAAGAAAGGAUAAACAGCAAAACAAAGGUUGUAUGGUGAAUCUAGGUGUCAAGACCCAGAAGCCGUGGUAAGCCCAACACAGAGUAAAAAGGUUCAAACACAACUUUAUUGAACAAAAAGAAGUCUUUAAAGCAGAGAGUUCAGGCAGUAAUUUGGCAUCAAAAACGCAGUGAUAUCAGUAACAAAAAUAUAACCUGGAUUAUAUAGCUGUUUAAUCCAGGUUAACAUAAAAAUUCAGCAAUCUGCUUCAAAAUAUACACAGUUCACAAGCCCAAUAGCAAGAGGCAAAAAACGAAGUCUCAAAACGUUGCAAUGUCGAAACACAAAGUUAGCAAUGGUUAAGUCCAAAAGACAAAAGCAUUGGUCAAACCGGUCCGGAGUCAAGCCGUUGUGAAAGGUAAACACAGGAACACAGGAAUCUGUAGUCCAAAGACCCAAGCUCGAGAGUUGGCAGUAACAAAGAUUCACAUCCCAAAGGAGACACUUUGCCUUCUGCAAAGAGCCAUACAGUCAAAACCCACUUUCAUCCUACAGCUCCUCAUUAGAGGAUGAUGAGCUCCCCACCCUUUCCUCAUCGCUCUCAGCUGCCUCCAUCCCCGCAGCUAAACCCGAGCGCCCAUCCCUCCACCUCUGCCAGCGUCUGUCAAGACUUAGGUCUUGCCAAGUGCUCCCCGGUUGCCAAUCCCCUGUGAACCCCUCAAAUUCAUCACUGGAGGUGGGUUGGUUACAAAUGUCCCUAAUCUCCUGAACACAGGUCCAAUCCAGCUCAUCCUCCUCUCCCAUAUCACUCCCAGACCCAUCACUCCUUUCAAACCCAAUGAAGUCCUCGUCCUUUGUAGGAGUGCUAAGUAUUUCCCGAAUACGCUUCCUCUGAAGCUCUUCGUCAGACUCUUGAUCGCGAGUAGCCUGCUUUACUCCCCUGCUCUCCUCCCCAUCCCUCAUUUUACAAUCGGAGAAGCCCUCAAACGUCUCAGAAUCACUUGGAGCCAUGAUUAUCUCCCUAAUCCGUUUUCGCUGCUGUUCCUCCUCCAACUCCUGUGCAGACCUCUUCUCUCUUCUACCAGUAGUAGUAACAUUACCAUCACGCUGAACUACAACACUAGGCAGCGGAAAGGGUUAAGAUUAAAAGUAAAGGAAGCUUUUUUAUAUUAUUUCUUACAUUUCAAAAACAUAUAGCAAGGAACAUAUAUUUAUGAAAUGGUUAAACAGCUUUUUAAAAAAGAUUUUAAAAUUGCACAGGGUUCUGUCCCGUUUGGUGAUAUUGCUAGGGUACAGCUGGAGGUAUCUAUAUAUCCAUAUGUUAUUUCAUAUUCAGUGAAACCUAGCUCAUUAUACCUGGGUUUCAUUCAAUAAUGUAAAGCA